AGAUCUCCAUCGAAGUCUUCGUCGAGAGAGAGAGAGAGAGGGAGAGGGAGAGGCGGCGGAGAUGGCUUCCGGGUGGGGAAUCUCCGGGAACAAGGGCCGGUGCUACGACUUCUGGAACGAUUUCAGCGAGUGUAUGUCUCGAUGCCGUGAGCCGAAGGACUGCAAGCUCCUCCGUGAGGACUAUUUUGAGUGCCUUCAUCAUUCCAAGGAGUUCCAAAGAAGGAAUAGGAUUUAUAAAGAAGAGCAACGUCAGAUAAGAGCAGCCGCACAGAAGGCCAAGGAGGGGGAAGGAGUUGCAGCAACAUCCCACCAUUAGAACAAAUUUAAAAUUCAGGUGGAAAAUACUGUUUCAUGUGGUUCUAUUACAAAUGAAUGCUUUGUUUCAGUCAGAGACUAGCUUGUUUGCUGUCGGUUUUCGUUGUUGAUAUUCUUGGUGUACAUUUAUAUACCAAGAUAAUAAUAUUGUCUCUGAACUUUAGAGAAUCAUGUAUUUCAUACCUUAUGAUUCAAUCGUUUCUGUUCUGAAUUGCUGCUCAUAAGAUUAAA